AUGAUCAUCUCAGGCAAAUCCUUUCUCAGGCCCUUCAUUGUCUCGCUUUUGGUUGUCUCAGUGACAUCGUCCAAAGUGCUUCAUCUUCUCCAACAUGCCUCUUCUCUCCCCGACGGUCAAUUUGCGCUCUACUUUCCGACAUUCUUCAUUCUUGAGGGUCUUCUAUGCACAGCCGCGUGGGGGUUGCUUUUCAAAUUUACUGGCGUGAAGUCUCUUCUGGGCACUGCGGUGACAGUUGCCGUAACAUGUCUGAGUUUCAUCUUAUCUUCAUCUCAGAUCGGUUUCUACUUUGUGACUGGCAGUGAGAUCCGCUGGGAUGCAGCCACAGCCGUGGGAAAUGACCCGGAAGGGAGAAAGCUGAUGCUCAGCGGGCUGAGAUCGUUUUUGGGAGCCGCGAGUGCGCUUCUUCUGAUCUCAUGGCUACUCAAAUAUUGGACAUGUGUUCUCAUAGGCCAUUGGAUGUCUGCACUAUUUAGCCCGCAAACCGAAAAGGCAGAUGAAGAAGGCAUUCUGAUCAUUCCCCAAAGAGAGUCACGGGGAGCGCGAAUCACUCAAUUUUGGACAGUGUGCGCCACGGUAGUCAUUGGAAUAUUGCGCUUGACUCGGCCACAGGUGCCUUAUAACCAUAUGUCCCAAACUAUCCCCUUCAGCUUUUUCCAGGCUCUGGGUUCGAGAGGUGCCGAGCUGCAUCAGACUGGAGACCAAUUAUUUCCACUCCCUGACUUGAUCGACGAGGCAUACUGGGAAGGCCCACGGGAUCACUUCAAGGGUUGGACCCCGGGAAAGCCAGACUCCAACACCAAAAGAAAUCGGCCUGCAUGGGCGUCUGAGAAUUUACCACCAGGAUUCGAGCGAUGGAGCGACGGAGAGUUGGCCGGAGAUGAAGGAGAGAGCGUUGCUCUGGAUGGGAACGGGACUUCUCGGAAUAAUAUUUAUAGGCCUAUGGAUGACCCUCUUCGAAUCACUAACCUCGACCGUGAAAUGUUUGAGCCCAUAGCUCGGGCUCUCAGGAAACAUAAAGUCCCCAUUACACAUGUCGUCCUUGUCUUGAUGGAAAGUGCUCGGAAGGACAUAUUCCCCUUCAAGGCAGGCUCACACCUGCACGAGGAGAUUCUAUCGUCCUACAAUACCCAAGACCCCGAAUUACCCCGAAAGGUCAACGCCAGAUUAUCAAAUUUAACACCAAACGCCGAGAAAUUGACCGGUGAGGUGAGUGGAUUUUCGACAAAUAACAACAUUUCCAGCCCCUCUAGUGGGUGGAAUGACACAACAGAACCAGGAAUGGGUGGUAUCAAUGUCAACGGUGUCCUCACUGGGAGCACUCUAUCGUUCAAAAGCGCAGUCAUGAACUACUGCGGUGCAGGCCCACUGCCAGUGAACUUCAUGGAUGAGGUCAACUCCCACAAUUAUCAGCCGUGCAUCAUGCAGAUCUUUGAAUUGUUCAACCAACUCAAAGUGGACUCGACUGAGAAGGGUACAGUGAAUCGUAAAACUGGAACUGGGCUUGAGUAUAUUCAUGAUCGAAACUGGAGCUCUGUGUUCUUGCAGUCUAUCACAGGACAGUACGACGAGCAAGACAAGCUCAACAAGCAGAUGGGGUUUCAAAGGUCCAUCUACAGCGAAGACAUUGAGCAGCAAAGUGCCAAAUAUUAUCACGAGGGCAUGGAGGAGAUCAAUUACUUUGGAUACCCAGAGUACGAGAUAUACCCAUACCUGCAAGAUGUGGUGAACAAGACAAUCGAGAACAAUGAGCGACUUUUCUUGUCUCAUUUCACGAGCACAACCCAUCACCCGUGGGGCACGCCCGCGGCAUACCAGGAAGAGCAAUACUUUGCCGGAGACGGUCUCAUGGCGAAGCAUGAGGACAUCAACAAAUAUCUGAACACAGUCCGAUACGUGGACACAUGGCUUGGCGAUAUGAUGAAGGUCCUCGACGAAGCCGGGAUUGCAAACGAGACAUUAGUUGUAUUCGUGGGAGAUCAUGGCCAGGCGUUCCCCGAAGACGCACGAGUCUCCGGCACCUAUGAGAAUGGACAUAUCAGCAAUUUCCGCAUUCCCCUUGUUUUCAGACACCCGCUAUUACCCGCACUGCAAAUCACAGCAAAUGCAACCUCGAUGUCCGUCGUCCCGACCAUUCUCGAUUUACUCGUGAACUCGGGCUCGUUGAACGACAGAGACUCCAGUGCAGCUCUAGACAUGAUGGAUGAAUACGAAGGGCAGUCACUAGUGCGCCCGUACCAAGCUACCCACAAUGGCCGACAGGCAUGGAACUUCGGCAUUAUCAACCCCGGUGGUACAAUGCUCAGUGUUGGGUCUGCAGCAGUCCCGUAUCGACUCAUACUGCCGCUUGCUCAGGACUUUGAGUACGUCUUCUCUAACCUAGACACCGACCCGGAUGAGUUGAGCCCAUUGCGUGGGUGGUCCCUGGAGGAGUUGAUCGGCCGUGUACAAAGGAGGCAUGGAGACCAAGCCGGGAAGUGGUUGGCAGACGCGGAGAAAGUGGGAAAAUGGUGGAUUGAGGAGCAGAAAAGACUAUGGAAUUACCAAUAA